UUUACUUCUGGCUUCGUGGCUCAUUGAGUCGAUCGGCAAACGUUUAUAUUGCACAUAACAUUCAUGUGCAUAUGUUAAAAAUGACACGUUUACUGGUCACUCUCAUGGCAGCAGUGCUGCUGAGUCCAAAGACUUCAGGGAAAACUGUGACGGGACUUUUUAAGAGCGAAGCAGCGAGAGAGCAGAAAGGCCAGUACAUCACUAAAUUCAUGUACCAAGGUGAUAAUGGUUUGUUGGUGUGUCGGCUGGAGAACUCUGCUCUGGCUGCAGAGAAGGAGUCCAGACUGCUGCUGUAUAAGGACAUGGACUCAGACAUGGACAACCUCAGCUGCAGUGACAGGCUCUCCAGAGCCAGCUUCACCCUUUCUCUCAGUAAAGAUGAGUCCAACCUCACCUUCCCUCAUCAGUCGUCCCCGACAGCAUGGCAGAUGCUGUAUGCUGACAGGUUUACAUGUCAGGAAAGUGCAGUGAUGCCUUCGUUUGCUGAUCUCAGUUUCACCGUCUUGCUGUUAAAUGCUGACUCGGCUGGAAAUCCUCUGGAGCACUUCAGCGCAGAGGAAGCAGGUCUCCAAAGUUUUUACUUCCUGUUGCUGCUGGCCUACUUCAUAUCCUGCUGUAUCUACAUCCAGCCUCUGCACCAGGCUCUGAAGAAAGGUGGUCCCAUGCAUACUGUCUUCAAAGUGCUCACCACAGCACUGGCACUACAGGGCGUCUCUGCUCUCUGCAAUUUCAUCCACCUGACCAGAUAUUCUCGAGAUGGUGUUGGUAUUCCUGUGAUGGGUGGCCUGGCUGAGUUCUGGGACAUGGUAUCCCAGGUGUCCAUGCUGUACAUGUUACUGAGCCUGUGUAUGGGCUGGACUCUGAGUCGAGGCAGGAAGCCCCAGUCCCGACCUCUGCAGUGGGAGCAUUCUCCAGCCUCCACUGCUGUUGCUGUAGGUGGAGUCGUUACACAGGGAGUGCUGCUGCUGUGGGAGCAAUACUCUGAGUCGGAGAGUGAACAUCACAGCUACCACUCCCAGCAGAGUUUGGCAGGUCUCCUCCUCAUUGCCCUGAGAGUGGGCCUGGCCCUGCUGCUGGCCUCCAUCCUCUACCAGAUCAUCUCCACAGAGAGGAGCACACUCAAGAGAGACUUCUACCUCAGCUUCGCCAAGGGAUGUUUCCUCUGGUUCCUCUGUCACCCGGUCCUUGUCCUUGUGUCAUUUAUCUUCAAUGAUCACCAAAGGGAGAAGGUGGUGACAAUAGGUGUAAUCCUGUGCCAGUCCAUCUCCAUGGUGAUCCUUUACCAGCUCUUUCUGUCUCGUUCGCUCUACUGGGAGGUCUCUUCUCUGUCCUCUGUGUCUCUGCCACUCACCAUGUCCAGGAUGAACCAAAGAGGGCGCUACUGACCACAUCCACUGUCACACUUUUAACCUCAUCGUCGGGGCAGAGGGGAGAGGUUUCUCCACUGUGAGCUUCCCUCGUGGUCAGAGGAGAGAGACUUUUGUGAGCGUGACAAAGCAAAGAAAAGACAAGCUGUGACACAACAGUGACCGCUCUCCUUCGCUCCCAACUGAUCCUGGGAGAAAAAUCAUGACCACUAGUAAGUAAGUAAGUCACAAGGAGUGACCACAGGAUGAUAUCACAACACUCUACCUCUAGUGACAAAUUAGUUAUUUAAUGCACGACAGACAUGACAUGCUGAACAGCCAAAGGAGCAUUUUGAAGACUGAUGGAUGGAGACGGAUCAGUAACGGCAGCAUUAUGAUGGAGGACAAGCAGGUAGUGAUGGUAGUUUGCACCUCAACGACACAGGCUUUGUUCCUAAGGUUUAGUUCUGCUUUCAAGGCAAUGUCCCUGAGGUGCUCAUUAAAACAGACUUGCAUCAUAUACCCAGAGAGACCAAUCAUUCCAUAGAUCUAAGAGAAAAGAUAAGAACAAAGUUUCCUACUUUGCCUGUAUAAAAGUCUAGUUUCCAGAACCAAAUCCAUCCUUUCAUUUCAUGGAUAGAUGGAUCAGUAUGUGCUUGAACUGAACACUUAAAUGGACAGAGGAGCUGGUGAUAUACUGUAAAAUUAAAUGUUUUCUGGACUGGCACAAAUGAUUUUGUUACAAUCCACCAAUCCAUCUGUUAUGACGUGAUACUUGAAUAUAAGCCUUUGUUGUUGAAUGUUCUCUGCAUAAAAGUGGAAUAAAUGACCUCUUUAUCUGGUUUGCA